AUCCGGUGCGGAGUGGGAGGAGCUGAGGGAGUCUGAGGAUUUCAGCCACAGGCAUCUGUUAAUAUUCAGCGUAGAUGUAAAUAUAGAAAUACUUUUAUUUACAAAAUCUAAAAAAACAAAACAAAAUUUUCCUCCAUCUGAGCGCAUCACGUGGUGACGUUCAUCAGCGGGUUGAUUCUUCGUGCUCAUCAAAGCAGAGCCUGAAAACCAGAAAAGAAAAAGAAAAAAAACCGCAGGAAAAUAACCAACCAAUCGAUCAUUUUCUAACAUCCGGACGGAUAAAUUGAUACGUGCUCGUGUGAUUAAGAUGCACCACAGGUUUUGUGGUCUGACUCGAGUUAUAUUCAGAUGAUGAAAACGGGGGGCAGCUUUUUUUACGGGGCAGACAUGGAUGUGAAAUCCGCCUCGUCCGCCAUGGAAGCGUUGGUUCGGAUCAGCUCCAACAUGAAGAGCCUGGAGCACGAGCUGCAUUGCCCCGUGUGUAAAGAGAUAGUCAAACAGCCCGUGGUCCUGCCGUGCCAGCACAGCGUCUGCCUAAUGUGUGCCUCGGAGGUUUUAGUGGCAAACGGCUACCCGCCUCCGGACCUCCCCCCAGAGCCCAACUCCCCGGCCUCCACCCCCAACACGCGCUCGCCUCGUCAGGCUCGCAGGCCCACUCCCAAAGCUGAGCAGCGGCCUAUUGACCGUGUGCUGCGAUCAGGUCCCCACCCGCCGUCGCCGUCCAUGCCUCGUUCUCCCGGUCAUGGGACAUAUCCGGGGCGACGGCGUAAGGAGGGCCCGCCCCUGGUGAUGAUGUUCCCCUGCGUCCCCUGCGGCCGAGACGUUGAACUGGGAGAGAAGGGCCUCACCGACUGUCUCCGCAAUCUCACGCUCGAGCGAAUAGUGGAGAGGUACAGACACUCCGUGAGUCUGGGCAGUGUUGCAGUGAUGUGUCAGUUUUGUAAACCUCCUCAAACUCUGGAGGCCACUAAAGGCUGCGCUGACUGCAGAGCUAAUUUCUGCAACGAGUGUUUCAAGCUCUAUCACCCCUGGGGAACACCYCGGGCCCAACACGAGCACAUCCUGCCGACACUUAACUUCAGGCCAAAGGUUCUGACCUGCACGGAGCACGACCAGGAGAAGCUGCAGUUUUAUUGCAGGUCAUGCCAACGGCUGCUCUGUCCUCUCUGCAAACUGCGYCGAGUCCACACCGGACACAAGAUCCUCCCCGUGGCUCAGGCUUACCAAGCUCUGAAGGAAAAGAUUACUAAAGAGAUGAACUACAUUCUGUCCAACCAGGACACAGUUCUGGCUCAGAUCACCCAGCUGGAGAGCUCCAUCACUCAGACUGAGGCUGAGCAAAGCAAUUGAGAAUCUCCAGCAUUUCACUUUAGCRGCUGAUCCAUCCUUCAGACACUUCCAGCUGGAUGUCUCCAAAGAGCUGAAGCUCCUGACAGAGCUGAACUUCAUCCAGGCUCCUCAGGCCCCAGUGAUCGAUACCCAGCGCUCUCUGGCCUACGACCAGCUCUUUCUGUGCUGGCGGCUGCCCCAGGAGUCGGCGCCCGCCUGGCACUUCUCCGUGGAGUACCGCCGCCGCGGCGUGGUGCCGGGAGGAGCGUCCAGAGGCGGGAUCAGAGGAGGACUCGCUGCGGCUCGCUGGGGCUGGCAGCGCUUGGACGACGUGAGCGGAAGCAGCGCCGUGAUUGACAGGUUGGAGAUGGACAGUGUGUACGUGCUGCGGGUGAGAGGCUGCAACAAGGCRGGGUACGGGGAGUACAGCGAGGAAGUGUACCUGCACACGCCACCUGCACCAGUGCUUAACUUCUACCUGGACUCCCGCUGGGGUCUCCACGCUGACCGGCUGGUGGUCAACAAAGAGCAGCGCGGAGCUCGAAGCGUCCCCGGUCUCUCUCUGCUGCAGGCCGCUGACCAUGCUCUCACUUCCUGUCACCUGACCUCUGACCUCCUGGUGGGGGAUGUAGCUAUUACACAGGGCAGGCACUACUGGGCAUGCUCAGUAGAGCCGGGAUCUUACCUUGUGAAGGUGGGAGUCGGCCUGGAGUCCAAACUGCAGGAGUGGUUUCACCUCCCGCAGGACAUGGCCAGUCCUCGUUACGACCCAGACAGCGGCCAUGACAGCGGCGCUGAGGAUGCCUUGGACUCAGCUCCGCCCUUCUGCUUCCUCACGAUGGGGAUGGGUAAAAUAUAUCUGCCACAACACAACCACCACCACCACAGCAACCACGGAAACAUCAACCGAGACCCCAUCACCAACGGCAAUGGCCCCCCCUCCCCCGCGGGCCUCACCUACCCGCUGCCGCCGCGGCUGGGCGUGUGCCUCGACUUCGAGAAGGGGCGCGUCACCUUCUACGACGCCCACUCGUUGCGCCCGCUGUGGGAGGGGCACGUCGAUUGCUCCGGGCCCGUCUGCCCCGCUUUCUGCUUCAUCGGCGGGGGGGCGCUGSAGCUGCAGGAGCUGGUCGCCAACCGGAACGCGGAUCAGACGCCGGUGAGGCGGGUGACCAUCCAGCCCCGCGUCGCUAACUUAAACAACAACAACUGAUCCCCGGUCAGAGGCGGUAAUCUGUAAUCUGGAAUGUAUCUGCGAAGUAUUUACUCAGCUAGGUCGAAACGUUCAGACAUCUCAGCGAUUUUGUUAAGUAUUUAAUUUACUUGAAAAGAAAUAUGUUUCUAUAGCCACAAAUAUGCAAUGUAAUUAUUUCUUACCUUUUGUUACAUGCAGUUUUGCAAGAUCUAUUGCUUAAGUAGUGUCUGGUAAGUCCAGCACUUUAUGUAAUUAUAUAAAUAUAUUUAGUGCUUGCAUCUAAAAGCUAAUGUAGAUAAAGAAUCACAGUUUUUUUCCUCCUGUAGAUGCUUUUACUUUGUUGUUUUGCGUCUUUAAUGCUUUAUAUUGGCUUCAUAUAUAUGGAUAUUGCUUAAAGCCUGAAGUAUAUCAUUGAAUCUAAAUUUUUAGCCACUUUGUUUUCAUCUCAGCCAAAGUUAUUGUUUUUCUGGGAUGUAAAUGUGGUAAAUUAAAGGUAGGAACAAUGAGGCAAAACAGUAAUUAGACUCCGAUAACACCUCUGCUGCACACUUAAUCACCAGUUUCCACUCUUCUGUCUGUCUGUGUGUUCUUGUUUUGUAUCGUCAAACACGUGUGUUUAAUGUUGGUGUGUGUGUAUGUGUGUGAGUGUGUCAAAUCCCUGAGUAUAUUAGAGCAUAAGGUUUGAUAACAGCUCGAAAUGUUCAGGAAUCAAAAAGUUGUUUUCCCAAAAACACAUUUUUAAAAAACUUUACUUGGUUCUAAAUGAUGAGAAUAAAAACAGUAGCAGAUUAAAUUAUUGUAAACUUCACCUGCUGGCAGAACGUUUGCUUGAAAUAAAAAAAAGAAUUAUGGAACYUAACACUGAAUAAACCUAAAUGGAUAAAAUA